GGCAGGCGACGUGGUGACACGCCCAGCGUGGUGACGUCACUCAGGCGGGAUCCGUCUUCGGGAGAUUUAAAACAAGAUGGUGGUUCGGGCCCGCGGCGGCGACGGCGGAGGAACAUUUAAAAACAAAUUAUGAAAAAGCUGUGUAGAAAUUCCAGACUCUGAAGAUAACUGUGUCGUGUGUUUAUACCACCUAACACAGCUAAUGUUUUCUCCUGAUCAAGAAAAUCUUUCUUCAUCCACAAAAGCACCCAUUAAAUAUGGAGAAAUCAUUGUGUUAGGGUACAAUGGAUCUCUGCCAAAUGGAGACCGAGGACGAAGAAAAAGCAGAUUUGCUUUAUUCAAAAGACCAAAACCGAAUGGUGUGAAACCGAGCACGGUGCAUGUCCACUGCACGCCGCAAGCAGAGAAAGCAAUAAGCAACAAGGAGCAACACAGUAUUUCGUACACACUGUCUCGAGCUCAGACAGUGGUGGUGGAAUACACACAUGACAACAACACAGAUAUGUUUCAGAUUGGCCGAUCAACUGAAAGUCCGAUUGAUUUUGUGGUGACGGACACAGUUCCAGGAAGCCAGAGUAAUGCCGACACACAAUCUGCUCAGAGCACCAUAUCCAGAUUUGCAUGUCGGAUUAUAUGUGAAAGAAGUCUUCCCUACACUGCUCGGAUAUUUGCAGCUGGAUUUGACUCAUUCAAGAAUAUAUUCCUCGGGGAGAAGGCUGCCAAAUGGAAAACUUGCGAUGCUCAGAUGGACGGUUUAACCACAAACGGCGUGCUGGUGAUGCACCCCAGGCUCGGCUUUACAGAGGAUUCCAAACCAGGGGUCUGGAGGGAGAUAUCCGUUUGUGGCAAUGUCUUUACUUUGAGAGAAACUAGAUCAGCACAGCAACGGGGAAGAAUGGUUGAGAAUGAAAGCAAUGUUCUGCAGGACGGCUCUCUAAUAGAUCUCUGUGGAGCAACACUACUUUGGCGCACUGCAGAAGGACUUGCUCACACUCCUACGGUGAAGCACCUGGAAGCCCUUCGGCAGGAGAUAAAUGCAGCCAGACCACAGUGCCCAGUUGGAUUUAAUACACUUGCCUUCCCCAGCAUGAAGAGGAAAGACGUGGAUGAGAAGCAGCCGUGGGUGUAUCUUAAUUGUGGACACGUACACGGUUACCACAACUGGGGAAACAAGGAUGAGAGGGAUGGAAAAGAGAGAGAGUGCCCCAUGUGCCGAUCACUAGGCCCAUACGUUCCUCUCUGGUUAGGGAGUGAGGCUGGAUUUUACGUUGAUGCGGGACCUCCAACCCAUGCGUUCAGCCCGUGUGGACAUGUAUGCUCAGAGAAGACUACCACCUACUGGUCCCAAAUCCCCCUCCCCCACGGCACUCACACUUUCCAUGCAGCCUGUCCUUUCUGCUCUACUCAGCUCACUGGGGAACAAGGAUAUGUUCGACUCAUUUUCCAGGGACCUCUUGAUUAAGGACGUGAUUUUAUUAACUGGUGGGUAAACUGAUAGUAGAAAGACAUUUGAUAUCUUUCAGAAUUAUAAGCUAGUUUUCUACAUUGAAUUCCAUGGGUUUUGGAUUUUGUCUGUUCUGGGACAACCUGAAUUGUCUCGUCCUUUGAGGAAAGCAACCUAAUUUUUUUGUGAUGUUGCCUUUGAGACGGGUUUUGAUAAGUUUGCAUUUGUUAAAACGAGUAUUUUGAAAUACAAAAUUUUCUUUCCCAAAUAUUAAAAAAAAAAAAAGUGCACAUCACAUUGAACCGAUUCACAGACACAAGAUGAUUAAUCCUGAGUUGUAACUGGGUGAAUAGAUCUGUUGCAAUUUGAUCUCCUCCACCCUUUACAACGGAGAGGUUAUUCCCAUUCAAUACAGUUUAACCUGUUUCAACACUCUGCAGAACACUUUGAACGUUAAAAUGUAGGAGCUUGAAAUGUGUGGUUUCUGACUUUGCUCAGUCAUUGUAACCAUGACUGGUGGUGACUCUGGCUAUGUAUGAAGGAGUCUGUCGUUUGUUUCCUGUGGAAUAACUAUAUUUCUAAAGAAUAUUGGCAGGUUUCAAUUGUGGGUAAUAUCAGAAGAAUUUCAUCAGCUGAGCACAGAUAAGCUUGAGAUAAAUGUAUUUCUUUCGGACCCGAGUGUUUUGUUGAUAAAUGUCCAUAGGCGCAAAGAGAAGAAGGAAAUUGGGAACAUGAAAUAUUUAGUAGUUCUUUAUCGCAACAUCCAUAAUAUGCCAGGUGGAUUUCACCAUAAAGGUAGUUCUCUGCAUCUAAGUGCAUUGAACAUUUUGGAAUGAGAACGCCCUGGUGCCAAAAUGAUUUCCGGUGGAUGACUAAUGUGACCACUUUUUACAACAUGUACACCAUCGGAAUAUAGUAAAUUGUUUACACAAGUUGACCUGCUAAACACCUGUUUCUCUCCAGUAACUGACGAUGUGCAAAGCUGGCUUAUUUUGCUGUACAGCAGCUUGCGUUCUGUAGGAUCUUUUGUACUAAAUUAUUGCCUGUAAUGUAUGUAGCUUUAGACAUUUGUAGGGAUUACUUAGCAUAUGUGGAAUGCUAACCUUUAAAGCGUAUUAAGUCUUGAUUUUUGUGAAGUAAUAUUAAAUAGCAAUGUGCAAAACUGCUCUUUGAUUUUGGUCAUCUACAUUGUAUUCUGAGCAAAGAUCUUCUGUCCCUUUUUUAUUCAGUUUAUUGUACAUAAUCUUGAACUAUUAUGACAAAAGAACCUAGAAAACAAAUUGGAUAUUGGUAUUAACAAACCUAUUAAUCAUAAGAGAGGGUUUGCUGAGGGGAGGAAGUCAAAUAUCCCAUUUGAUUUUGUUAUAAUCUUUUUAUUCUGCUGGCUAUUCCCCAUGCAUCUCCAAUUACACCAGGGCAGAAAGUGUGGUAAGAGUGCUGGUAUUAUAACGCUAUGGCUCUGACUGUAUUACUGACUGUGCAUUAAACUCUCAGGAUUUAA